UGUCCACUGUGCCACCGCCGGAGAGCAGCGAGGCUCUCCCGAUCAGCAGCGACUCCAAGGACGGCGUCUCGGAAGAAGUCCACGCUGAGGAUCGAGUUGUCGGAGUUUCGAUAUCCCGGCCAACGCCUCUUAUCGAGGACUCUAGUUCCUCCGCCGAGAUGCAGAGACCUCCAGCUCCCCUUUGUCCCCCUCUCGCCACAGAUACACAGAUUGACAGCACAGUGCAAGAGCUGCAACACGGGUCACAAACUGAUAAAGAGAAACACCCCUCGAAUAGUCAGACAGACCAGAUUCAGACACCUAGAGAGGGGGCAGGAAUUGUGGUUGUUACGGGGACUAAGGAGAAACGGUCCAUCACGUUGGAUUAUAAACCAGAGACUGGAACAAAAGUGGAAUUUGGUGGGAAAGAGCACAUGGGCGGAAAUAUUCACCUCCAACCCAAAUCUCAAAUCCGCUUCACAUCUCCAUCUGUCUCACAAUCAAGUGUUGGGUUUAGAGACACCGCAGAACACGGGGCUCUGGACCCGCUUGUCCACGCAAAUCCAGAGAGCCACAUACCUCCGCCGGUUUUUGCGGUGCAAGCAGGGGGUCACCAGGACUCAAAACCGCCUCCGCUCCCUUUAUCGGGCAACAGUGAGAUUAAACAAACUGACCUGUCAAGAACACAACCUAAAAUCAUCAAAGAGACCUCAACGGAUGCCGGAGAGAUGCAAAAAGCAAACUCUUUGGAGAUAUUCGAGCAUGUCAAAGAGAUUGUUGACGCGUCUGACAGAGAACGACAACCUCCCUCAGCUGAAAUACUUGAGACCGGAAAGGCCAGAGAGUCGCUUCCUGGAUUAUACGCUGCUCCUGGAACAGGAAGCUCAGUGUCCAGCAGAGAACAACUGGAAGGAGAGCGGUUGGAGAGUAGCGUGAGGGAAGAGCAAACUGACACCUCCUCGUCCGACUUCACGACUCUGCCGGAGUGCUCUUUCACGCAGGAGAGUUCCUCAAAACCCUCCGAUGCGCCGGUCCUGGUUGACACGGACCUGGUCUCACUGCCGGCGGAAACAUCUCAUCCCCCUGACCAAGUCCCCGCAACAGAGACGCCACCGACUACCGAGCUCAUGCACUCAGCCGAGGCUCAUGAAAUCGUGGUUGUCAGAGAGGAGGCUCACAUCGGCGGGGGCUGGACAAACUUGCACCUGAAUCAGAGUUACCUCCUGCAGCGGGAAGACGGCAGCGUCUGUGAGGCCGCCAUCGUCAACGAGCUGAGUUCUGACCUCUCUGGCGGGGAACCAAAGCUGUACGAAGAAAGUGUUCAGGCGGACGUCGAGAUGGAAACGCAGGCCGUCGAAGUGUACGAGUUCUGCACCGUAGUGGAGGAGGUUGCCGAGGAGACGGUGUGCGCCAGUAGUAGCGUGCAGAUGCCUCACUCUCCAGGAUACGAGGUGAACUUGUUCAACGCGUUGCUCGAACACUCUGAGGAAUACACCGUCAAAGAGGACCUGGAACCAUCUAUUACCACAAUUACAGAAAGUGGCACUGUCAUUAUUUCCCAGCAGCCCUUGCCUGUAUCGAACGAUUCAAAUCAAGUACAGUCGAACAGUAAUUCCCAUAAUUUGUCCGUACAAAACAUGAGAGCAGCUGCUGUCGGGCAGCAUUUGGUUUUGGAAGCUAACCAAGCUGUUGAAGUGGCAAACUCAAGUGAGGUUUGUUUAGUUGAAGUAGCCGCUUUCACAUCAGACUCAUUCUCAGAAAUGGUGACAUCACAGGUCAGUGCAGGCCUCUCGGACCAAACAGAGGUAACAGAUUCUCCUGUAACUCAAACAAAUCCCCCAAAACAGGAAGCGUCUGUUGCCGUCUCUGUAAACGUUCAGCCCGCUCUCAGUCAGACUGCUGUAAGUGCCACAAAGCUUAAGGCCUCUGUUUCGUCACCUGAAGGGACCAAAGCCGCCCCUGCUUUGACGGAGACUCCAUCACAGAGUAUCCAGAAUGUUGCUGCACCCGCAGAAACCACACCAGGGGCUCUCUGCACCACCCGCCCCUCUGGUAUCAUAAAUCCAAAGCUGCUCCUUCUCAAACCGGGAGAAACUCCCGUCCUGAAACACCCUCCCUCCCUUUUGGCACCGGCCUCCAAGCAACAGCAUUCGGUCGGCAAGCUGGCCAAUGCCCACAGCUCUUGGUCUGGCAGCGUGUCUGAGGAGUGCCUUCCCCAAACCGUCUCGGACUCUUUAUGUGCGUCUGAGGCUCUCGGCGACCGGAAAGAUCAGACGCAAUGCUCCGUCGAUAAAACUUCUGUGUCGGCGGCGCCGUCUGUCAAGGUGCAGCAGCCCGACUCGCUUCAUCUCGACCAGACUGCAUCCGUCUCCACCAAAACGUCAACGAUCAAACCUGACAACGAGGCCUUAACUCUUACUAAAACUUCAAGUGAAGCAGAUGUCGUCACCAUUACAGGUGCUACAACGCCCAAAGCCCUUUACGUGCUCCAAGCAUCAGUGGAGAGGGAAGGUGCUGUCAUGGCGUCCACCAGUAUCAGUGACCCCGUCAGUCUAGCGGGCUCCACCUAUGAGGAGGAAGAGAGCGAGGACAUGGAGCAGGACGAAGCGACGGGAGAAACCGAGGUUCAGGAGGCCACUUCGGGACAGAUCAGCAGUCCAGAGGAAGGCAGCGACGAAGAACCGGACGCAGACAAAACGGAAAGCGAGAUGACCCCCAGCUCUCCAUGCAAGCAUGGACAGAGCAGGACAGACAGACAGACACUGUUCCUCAAGGUACGCCAGUGGAUAGCAGACAGGGUCACGGCGAACUCAUCUCCUGUCUCGCCCUCCACUUCCUCUUCUUACCCCGGCCCCUCACCCGCCAGCGACUGGUCCACCCAACGACGGGACAAGUCCUCACCUCUCCGAGGGCCUCACGGGAAGUUUGUCUCUCCGGGCGCCGUCGGGGGCUACAGUACCUCCUCGUCCCCGCCGGAUCAGGCCACGCCUCAGCGACCCCGUGGGGAGCGCCACACAGACAUGGCAGAACUGGCUAAACAUGAAGCAGACAUCGAGCAUCGGACCCAGGCGCUGAGGCGAGAGGGCUUCUGGUCGACGAAGCGUCUCACCCGCCUGACGGAGCCGCCGCGACCCAAAGUUCAGUGGGACUACCUGUGUGAGGAGAUGCAGUGGCUCUCCGCCGACUUUGCUCAAGAGAGGCGGUGGAAGAGAGGGGUGGCUAGAAAGGUGGUGCGGAUGGUGAUGAGACACCACGAGGAGCUGAGGCAAAAAGAAGAAAAGGCCAAGAGAGACGAGCACUCUAAGAUCAGGAGAGUCGCCUCUUCUAUCGCAAAGGAGGUCCGGGCUUUCUGGAGCAGCGUGGAGAAGGUGGUGCAGUACAAGCAGCAGUCCAGACUGGAGGAAAAGAGGAAGAAGGCUUUGGACCUUCAGCUGGACUUCAUUGUUGGCCAGACGGAGAAAUACUCGGACCUCCUCAGCAAGUCACUGGCUCCCAGCCGGCCUGCUGAACCGGAACCUGUCCCUCAGACUCCCAUCAAACCUGUGACACCUGCCACUGAUGAGGAUGACAGAGACUUUGAGCCUCCCUGUGAGGAGGAGGAUGACGAGGAGACCAUAGAGGUGGAGGAGCAGCAGGAGGGCAAUGAUGCUGAGAGCCAUCGGAGGGAGAUUGAACUGCUGAAGGAGGAAGGCCUGCUGCCCCUGGACCAAUUACUGAGCACCCUCAAACUGCCACAGGAGUCGGGCUCAGAUGGUGAAUCCUCUGAUGAAUCCUCUUCAUCGGUGGAGGAGGAAGACGGUGAAUUCACUGCCAAUGAAGAGGAUGCUAAGGAUGAGGAGGACACCAUAGAUGCCCAGGAGAAGGUCGAGGGAAAUGUGGAUCACGCAGAGGAGCUGGAUGACUUGGCCAAAGAAGGCGACAUGAGCGUUGAGGAGUUGCUGGAGAAGUACAAAGGAGCGUACGCAUCAGACUUUGAGGCGCCGUCUGCUUCCGGUUCUAAAGACAGCUCCGACUCAGAGGAGUCUGGGGAUGAAGAGGAGGAGACUGAGGAAGAUGAGAGCGAUGUGGAAAGCAACAGUUCCUCCUCUGAUUCACAAGGAGACAGUGGAGAAGAGGAGGACAGUGAGAACGACGAGGAGGAGAGUGAGGAAGAGGAUGACGGCUGUGGGGAUGAAGGGAUGGAGGUCCUGCUGAAGGAGGGAGACAACAGCCCGCCGUCCUCCAGCACACGGCCGAAGAAAGAGAUCAGCCACAUUGCUGCGACUGCAGAGAGCCUGCAGCCUAAAGGAUACACUCUGGCUACUACCAAGGUCAAGACCCCCAUCCCGUUCCUGCUUCACGGCACGCUGCGAGAAUACCAACACAUCGGACUCGACUGGCUGGUCACCAUGUACGAGAAAAAGCUUAAUGGCAUUCUGGCUGAUGAGAUGGGUCUGGGCAAGACCAUCCAGACCAUCGCUCUGCUGGCUCACCUCGCCUGUGAAAAAGGUAACUGGGGCCCUCACCUCAUCAUCGUCCCCACCAGUGUGAUGUUGAACUGGGAGAUGGAGCUGAAACGCUGGUGUCCCGGGUUCAAAAUCCUCACUUACUUUGGCAGCCAAAAGGAGCGAAAGCUAAAGAGACAGGGCUGGACGAAGCCUAACGCUUUCCACGUGUGCAUCACUUCCUACAAGUUGGUGCUGCAGGAUCACCAGGCGUUCCGGCGAAAGUCCUGGCGCUACCUGAUUCUAGACGAGGCGCAAAACAUCAAGAACUUCAAGUCCCAGCGCUGGCAGAGUCUGCUGAACUUCAACAGCCACCGGCGACUGCUGCUGACGGGAACUCCUCUCCAGAACAGCCUGAUGGAGCUCUGGUCUCUAAUGCACUUCCUCAUGCCGCACGUCUUCCAGUCCCACCGCGAGUUCAAAGAGUGGUUCUCCAACCCGCUGACGGGAAUGAUCGAGGGCAGCCAGGAGUACAACGAGGGCCUGGUGAAGAGGCUCCACAAGGUGCUGAGGCCGUUCCUGCUCCGGAGGAUCAAGAUCGACGUGGAGAAGCAGAUGCCCAAGAAAUACGAGCAUGUGGUUCGCUGCCGACUCUCCAAGAGACAGAGAUUCCUCUACGAUGACUUCAUGGCACAGGCCUCGACCCGGGAAACGCUGGCCAGCGGUCACUUCAUGUCUGUGAUUAACAUCCUCAUGCAGCUCCGCAAAGUCUGCAACCACCCGAACCUGUUCGACCCCCGACCCAUCCAGUCUCCCUUCAUCACGAAGCCCAUCGUUUUCCACACAGCCUCCCUGGUGCAGGACGCCCUGGAGGUCUCUCCUUUGAAGCGCUGCGACCUUUCUAUGUUUGACCUCGUUGGUCUGGAGAGCCGUGUAUCCCGGUACCAGGCAGAUGUCUUCCUGCCGCGAAACAAGGUCAGCCGCCAACUAAUCCAGGAGAUCGUGGAGUCUCCUGAACCGCUUCCGAGACCCAGACCGGUCCGCAUGAAGGUCAACAGGAUGUUCCAGCCGCCUCCUAAAAGUGAUAAUCGACCGGUCCUACUGAUGAACAAACCAACCUGCUCCGUACCUCCAGCUGCUCAGACCCCCAAACCUCAAACAGUUACUGAAGUCCCCUUAACUCCUCAACCUGCUCCUGUCGUCCAACAAGUGGUUUGUACAGUGGCCACCGUCACCCCUCCUCGCCCGUCCAUGCAUCCCACCGCUCAGAUCGCAGUGAGAUCCAGCGGUCCAAAGCCCGUUCUGACCGUACGGCCUCCCACUGCUUCCUGUGCAGCCGGCGUCCCGGCUCACCCGAGCCCAAACCCCGGCAGCGUUCUGCCCCAGAGGGUUCUGCUCAGUCCAGAUAUGCAAGCUAGGUUACCUUCUGGCGAGGUAGUGAGCAUCGCCCAGUUGGCCUCUCUGGCAGGGCGACCUGUGUCGUCAUGUCAGGGCAGUAAACCCGUCACCUUCCAGCUUCAGGGCAACAAGCUGACUCUGUCUGGAGCCCAGAUCCACCAAGUCCCAGCAGCUUCUCCACGCCCAGUUCAAGGUAAUGUGAUGCACCUGGUGUCCAGCGGGGUGCAGCACCACCUCAUCAGCCAGCCUGCCCAGGUGGCUGUCCAGAGCAACACCACCUCUACUGCUCCACCUACCAAUCGACUGCCUCACAACGCCUCUGCACAAGUGACCCCCACCAUGGUGAGCAGCCCCGGAGUCGUGAAGAUCGUUGUGCGUCAGACAGCAGGCAAGGACGGCGGGCCCGUGCCGACGCUGGCUGUGGCCCCUUCCCCCCGUGUUGUUCCUCAGACAUCCCCCUCCCCGCACCCCCACGCCACCACAACCCCUGUCCGAACCACCGCUCCACUGCAGAUCGCCCAGCGCACCCCCGGUCCCGCCACAGCCCACUACACCAUAGCUCCUCCAGGGAACCCUAGCUCCACCCCGAACCAGCCCCACCCCCCUCGCCCUGUCCUCAAAGUAGUGCAGCCUCCUCCACCCAACACAGAGCAGCCAGCUCUGGUUCAGGUGGCCUCCUCGUCCUCUGCUUCGUCCAAGUCUCCAGCAGCAGCACGUGAUGGCGGCAGCAGCAGUCAAACAGCAGUAACAACAAAGUCGAGGCCCAGUACAAGCGUUAAAGCCUUCCCUCCACACAGGAGAGUACCUCGGCCUCCUCCUCGCUCUCCUUUCCACAUGAAAUGGCUAGCAGACAGCUUCAAGCAGGAGCGCGACAGCCGACUGGACUUCAUCAUUCGAGCCAACGAGAACCGCUGUGCGGCGAAGCCCAUGUACGGCCGGGAGGUUCUGGACUUCCUGACUUUCCUCCCCGGAUCCCGUCCCUCGCCGGCCGCCCUGCGCCCUCAGAGGGAGUGGGGCCGCUCGGGCCACAGCAGCGCUCUGUACUCACAGUGGCAAAACAAAUACGACUUCUGGUUUCAGAGUCGCGCCGUUAGAGAGGCCAUCCACAGCGUCGACGACAGGCUGGAGCUGCUUAAAGAAAUUGUAGACAGGUUUACAUUUGCAAUUCCCCCAGUGGCGGCUCCUCAGAUCUCCAUGCACUGCUGCCAUCCUCCUCCCUCUCUGAACAACAAGCAGGUGGUCUUCUCCUCCCAGCUUUCGACUCAGGUCACUCCGCUUACUCGCAGUCUCCAUCGUAUCCAGUGCUACAUGAGGACCCAGUUCCCCGACCUGAGGCUCAUCCAGUAUGAUUGUGGUAAGCUGCAGACUCUCCACACUUUGCUGCGAAAGCUGAAGAGGGGGCACAGAGUGCUGAUCUUCACUCAGAUGACGCGGAUGCUGGACGUGCUGGAGCAGUUCCUCAACUACCACGGUCACAUCUACCUCCGCCUGGAUGGCAGCACCCGCGUGGAGAUGAGACAGUCCCUCAUGGAGCGCUUCAACGCAGACCGGCGUAUUUUCUGCUUCAUCUUGUCGACUCGCAGCGGAGGCGUCGGGGUGAACCUGACCGGGGCCGACACGGUGGUCUUCUACGACAGCGACUGGAACCCCACCAUGGACGCUCAGGCACAGGACCGCUGCCACCGAAUCGGCCAGACCAGAGACGUCCACAUCUACAGGCUGAUCAGCGAGCGAACAGUGGAGGAGAACAUUUUAAAGAAAGCCAAUCAGAAGAGGAUGCUGGGAGAUAUGGCUAUUGAAGGAGGAAACUUCACCACAGCUUUCUUCAAAGAGCAAACCAUCAGGGAGCUGUUUGAUAUGAACGACGGGGAGAAGAGGGAAGUGGCGGUGGAGCUAUCGGUGCCCCAAGCCGAGGAGGAGGAGGCUGUCAACAAACAGAGCACCACCAUUCUGGAGCAGGCUUUGUGUCGAGCCGAGGAUGAGGAGGACAUAGUCGCCGCCUCUCAGGCCAAAGCAGAGCAGGUGGCAGAACUGGCGGAGUUCAACGAGAACAUCCCUCUGGAUGAUGGAGGGGAACAGGAGGAGGUGGAGGAGCUCUCAAAGGCCGAGCAGGAAAUCGCUGCUCUGGUGGAGCAGCUCACUCCUAUUGAACGCUACGCCAUGAACUUCCUGGAAGCCUCGUUAGAAGACGUGUGCAAAGAGGAGCUGAAGCAGGCUGAGGAGCAAGUAGAGGCUGCCAGGAAAGGCCUGGACCAGGCCAAGGAGGAGGGCCUAAAGCUCCACGCUUCAUCCGAUGAGAACGACGAUGACUUUUUGUCCCCGACGGCUUCUGUGGAGCCCGCUCAGCCAGCCCGCCGGGGCCGUAAACCCAAGGACAAGGACAGGAAUGUCACCUCUACAAGGACCAGUGGUCGUCUGCGUGGGGCCUCGCCCGAACCUGAGCCCGAGCCCGAGCCCGCUAGAGAAGUGCCUGAAAGACUCCGCUGUGGUCUGAGAGGACGAGGAGCUGCCAAAGACACCGGUACUGUGUCUACCACCCCGUCCCGCACAGACCAUCAGAAAACCUCCUCAUCGACCAAGCUUCAAGAUUCCUCUAAGACUUCUCCUGUCAGAGAUCACCAGACUUCUAAAACCAGGACUCUGCCAAACCGCUCCCAUCCCAGUCCAGUGCCUUCCCCUCCCACAACCUCUCCCCCAGGAGGGAAACAACAGUGUGCUGGGGAGACUGACGGCAAGACCUCCAAAGCCUGCAGAGAGGACAAAGGGGGGGAGAAUGAAAAGAGGGCGUCCGAGUCAUCGCUAGAAACCGGCUGCCCGGUGGACCAGCAGGCAAAAGAUGAAGACGGUAAAGACAACAGUGCCAUGUCUCCCCCUCCACCAGCUCCCGAUCGCCCCGCAAGCGUCAGUCAGCAGACGGUGAAGUCCUACGGGGCCUGGUUGAAGACUCCCCGUCGGCCAAAGUCCUGCGGAAGCUUCCGGGGAGGCUGGUCACGGUGGUGGAGGAGAAGGAGCCAAGGAGGAGGAGGCGGCGAGGAAGCGGCACUGGAGGUGGGGCUUCUUCAGAGGAGGCAACCGUGGAGGAGAGCGCUGCCGGGACCGUCGACGAAACAAACAAAGACAACACAUCGCCAAGCCCCGACAGCAAAACCAAAGGGGCCGUUACCAAAUCCCCUCAGGACCAGGUCUCUACUCCUAGUCCGGCUGUGCAUCCGCCGCCUGUCAGGAGUUAUCCUCCAUAUUCUCCACCCCAUCUUUCUCCGGACAUGCCCGUGCUGA